AUGCAGUGGGAGGAGGUGCAGUGGGAGGAGGUGCAGUGGGAGGAGGUGCAGUGGCUGGAGAUGCAGUGGGAGGAGGUGCAGUGGGAGAAGGUGCAGUGGGAGGAGGUGCAGUGGGAGGAGGGGCAGUGGAUGGAGGUGCAGUGGGAGGAGGCGCAGUGGGAGGAGGUGCAGUGGCUGGAGAUGCAGUGGGAGGAGGUGCAGUGGGAGAAGGUGCAGUGGGAGGAGGUGCAGUGGGAGGAGGUGCAGUGGAUGGAGGUGCAGUGGGAGGAGGCGCAGUGGGAGGAGGUGCAGUGGAUGGAGGUGCAUUGGGAGGAGAUGCAGUGGGAGGAGGUGCAAUGGCUGGAGGUGCAGUGGGAGGAGGCGCAGUGGGAGGAGGUGCAGUGGAUGGAGGUGCAUUGGGAGGAGAUGCAGUGGGAGGAGGUGCAAUGGCUGGAGGUGCAAUGGCUGGAGGUGCAGUGGGAGGAGGUGCAAUGGCUGGAGGUGCAGUGGGAGGAGGUGCAGUGGGAGGAGGUGCAGUGGCUGGAGAUGCAGUGGGAGGAGGUGCAGUGGGAGAAGGUGCAGUGGGAGGAGGUGCAGUGGGAGGAGGUGCAGUGGAUGGAGGUGCAGUGGGAGGAGGCGCAGUGGGAGGAGGUGCAGUGGCUGGAGAUGCAGUGGGAGGAGGUGCAGUGGGAGAAGGUGCAGUGGGAGGAGGUGCAGUGGGAGGAGGUGCAGUGGAUGGAGGUGCAGUGGGAGGAGGCGCAGUGGGAGGAGGUGCAGUGGAUGGAGGUGCAUUGGGAGGAGAUGCAGUGGGAGGAGGUGCAAUGGCUGGAGGUGCAGUGGGAGGAGGCGCAGUGGGAGGAGGUGCAGUGGAUGGAGGUGCAUUGGGAGGAGAUGCAGUGGGAGGAGGUGCAAUGGCUGGAGGUGCAAUGGCUGGAGGUGCAGUGGGAGGAGGUGCAAUGGCUGGAGGUGCAGUGGGAGGAGGUGCAGUGGGAGGAGGUGCAGUGGGAGGAGGUGCAGUGGAUGGAGGUGCAGUGGGAGGAGGUGCAGUGGGAGGAGAUGCAGUGGGAGGAGGUGCAGUGGAUGGAGGUGCAUUGGGAGGAGAUGCAGUGGGAGGAGGUUUUGGUGACCAAGUUUAUACCAAACAAAAGUGAAGGUCAGGCUCAUGCAGAGGACGUGCCAUAA